GACGUGGUGCACAGCGAGAAGAAGCUGUACCUGGUGUUUGAGUUCCUCAGCCAGGACCUGAAGAAGUUCAUGGACGCCACCCCCGUGGCCGAGCUCCCGCUGCACUUGGUCAAGAGCUACCUCUUCCAGCUGCUGCAGGGGGUGAACUUCUGCCACGCGCACCGCGUCAUCCACCGCGACCUGAAGCCGCAGAACCUGCUCAUCAACGAGCUGGGCGCCAUCAAGCUGGCGGACUUCGGGCUGGCGCGGGCCUUCGGGGUGCCCCUGCGCACCUACACCCACGAGGUGGUGACGCUCUGGUACCGCGCCCCCGAGAUCCUCCUGGGCAGCAAGUUCUACUCGACAGCGGUGGACAUCUGGAGCGUCGGCUGCAUCUUCGCGGAGAUGGUGACCUGCAAAGCUCUGUUCCCUGGAGACUCUGAGAUCGACCAGCUCUUUCGCAUCUUUCGGACCCUGGGGACGCCCAGCGAAGCCACGUGGCCGGGAGUCACCCAGCUGCCUGACUAUAAGGGCAGCUUCCCCAAGUGGACCCGGAAGGGGCUGGAGGAUGUGGUGCCCAAUCUGGAGCCAGAGGGCAAGGACCUGCUCCAGCAACUCCUGCAGUACGACCCCAGCCAGCGGAUCUCGGCCAAAGGCGCCCUGGCCCACCCGUACUUCUCGUCCACGGAGACCUCCCUGGCCCCCCACCAGUGUGUGCUGGAGCGUGUCUGCCGCUGAGGAUGCCGAGGCCGCCGCCGCAGAGCCUCCCUCCAGCUGCCGCCCGCCGCCUCCUCACGGCUCCCCGAGAAGGGGGCCAUGUUUGGGGAGAGGGCAGAGCUCUAAGGAAUUUGCAUCAGCCGGCAGAGGGCUGAGUUUGGGUUCAUCCUGCCAACAAGUUAGCGAGUUCCUGUGUUGUUUGUUGGGUUCGACGGUGCCGUUUCCAGACGGGGGCACAGAAGCUCCGUGUGCGAGGGGGUGUGAUAGGCCCUGGGUCUCCUGGCACGGGGGCAGCAGGCCAGGGAAAGCAGGAAGCCUGGCCCGCCAAUACUGCUGUGCGCAAGGCGCUCCUCCGCCCUUCGAGGGCCCAGCCCUGGCUGCAGGGCCAGACCCUGAGGGGAAGGGCGCCCUCUGCUGGUCUUUUGGAUUUAAAAUGUUUGGGGGAAGAGUUGAGUCCCAAGUUUAACAGGAAGGAGGGUGCGGGAGAGGGGACGUUUCCUGGUACUGGUGUGUGUGGCUGUUCUAAGUAGUUGUCACCUAGGAUAUGUGUACAUUUGUUUGCGUCUGGAUUGAAGAGCAGGAAAUAAAAGUGAUGCUCUGAGUG